CUGGAUCCCUAGGCCAACCUGGAGAACAAGGUGAUCCUGGAGAUGAGGGUCCACCAGGAAAUGUUGGAUCAGUUGGACCUCCUGGGCUGCCUUUCCCUGCAGCUCAUCUGAUAGAAGUGUGCAAACAAAUCAUCUUAGAACAAAUGUCAAUGUUUGCCAAUAAUGUUGGGAGGAAAUGUGCCAGCACAUGCCCACUUUAUGGAGAUGUGCCCAUGGGACUUCCAGGACCUGUUGGUUUGCCAGGACCCUAUGGAGAAGAGAGCAAACCUGGGAUCAGUGGAAUUGAUGGAGAACAUGGACCUGAAGGCUUUUAUGGUGAUAUUGGUGACCCAGGAAAACAAGGACCAAAAGGUGAACAUGGAGACAAAGGAGAUAAAGGUGCCAAAGGUUUUGUGUUUGCUGGCCUUGAAGGCAAUCAGGGCCCAAGAGGUGCAUGUGGAAGAAGUGGACUAGCGUUCAAUGGAAUUCCAGGUCUGCCUGGCCCAUGGGGACAUAUGGAGCAGUCUGGUUUGAGAGGAUACCCAGGAGAUAGAGGGCCUCCAGGAGUUACCCAUAAUGUUCAAAUGACCUAUGACUGAGGAAGUGGGAAAGAGGGGACACUCAGAGCUCCAAUGAUGGAAGUCCUGUUUGCAGUAUCUGCUCAGGAAGAAAAAAAAUCAUAUCUUCACCUCCACAACAACAUUUGCAAAGAGUAGCAGGACUACUCCAGGUGAUAAAUAACUUCACUAAUCCAGGUUGUUUGCAUCCAAUAACAGAAUUCAGUGUUUCUCACUUUGAGGACUUUUCGUAUUGAAAAUGAGACACUUGCUUAAAAAUCAAUUGCAAGGUUU